GAAAGUUGAAAAAAAAAAUAAUAAAUAAUAUCUUAAAUCAGCUGCUAGUUAAGCCAUAAAUUGUGAUGAAGUAAGCAUAACAAUUAAAGGUUAUGCAAUGACUAACUGUUAUACAACUUGGGAUUAAUUGUAAAAUAAAAUGAUGUAAAAUUAUAAGGAUGCUAUCUUCUCAAAUUUAUAUAAGUUAGUAGGUUCGAUUGAUUUACUUGGAAAUCCUAUAGGAUUGAUUGAAAAUGUGUAAGAAGGUUUUUAAGACUUAUUUGAAAUGCCAUAUGAUGGAUUCGUUCAAGGACCAUUAGAAGGAGGUUUAGGCAUAGUCAAAGGAGUUGGAUUUUUAACAAAAGGUGUAGUGUCUGGUACCUUCAAUUCUGUUAGCAAAAUAACUGGAAGUGUAGCUUCAGGCAUAUCAUAAUUAUCAAUGGAUGAUGACUAUUUACAUUAUAGAUAAUUACAAAAUUCAAAAAAAGCUAAAACUCUUGUACACGGCUUAGGUUAAGGGAUGGUAAGCCUUGCAUCUGGAGUAGGUUAUGGUUUAGCCGGACUUGUGACUCAACCAUAUUAGGGAGCCGAAAAAGAUGGAGUUGGAGGCUUUUUUAAGGGAGUUUCCAAAGGAAUAGCUGGUUUAGUCAUCAAACCUGUUACAGGAGCACUUGAUUUAGUGAGUAAAACUUCUGAAGGAGUAAAGAAUACAGCUAAUUUUUUUGAUGAAAAGCCUAAUGAAAUGAGAAAAAGACUACCUAGAAUAUUUUAUGGAGAAGAAUAAAUAUUAAGAAAUUAUAUGCUCUAAGACUCUGAAAUAAUGUAUAUUUUAGAUAGUAAAAACUUUUAUUAAAAAUUUUAGAAUUAAUUCCUGGGCUAAUCUUAAUUGACACAUUUGUGUUCAUGAUCACAAAGUACAAAUUUGCAUACGUAAUCACAACAAAAUAAUUUAUAUUACUAGAAAUAUUAAAAAAGCAAAUUUUGAUUGCAUUUAAUAAUGACAAUUUAAAGGCAUACGAAUCUCAAUAAAAGGAAUACAAGAUAUAUCUUUACAAUUCUAAAAUAAUUUAUAAAGAGAGAGCAAAAGUGAAGGCUUUUAUUGAAUAGAAAAAAGAAUGUUUGGUAAUAAAGCAAUCGGACGAGAAAAUACAUUAAUUUUUAAAUGAAAAGCUUAAAUAAAUACUUUAACUUAUGUAUGAUGUUUGAAUUUGAAAUUAUUAUUUCAAUGAG